AACAGCUCGAAACGGUGACGCUUAGUAAAGUUACGAACCCAAAACCUGAACCCGUACGCGAUUUUCCUUAGGUUUUGUGGAGAUGGCGACGGCGGUAGUGAUGAACGGCGAAUCGAAAAAGCAGCCACGGCCAGGCCGCGGCGGCUUCCAAGGCCGAGGACUAACGGAGGAAGAAGCACGAGUUCGCGCCAUAUCGGAGAUCGUCAGCACCAUGAUCGAGCGCUCCCACCGCAACGAGAACGUAGACCUAAACGCGAUUAAAACCCAGGCUUGCCGGAAAUACGGCUUAGCGCGUGCGCCGAAGCUAGUGGAGAUGAUAGCGGCGCUUCCCGAUUCGGAGAGGGAGACUCUCCUCCCGAAGCUCCGCGCUAAACCGGUCCGAACCGCUUCGGGAAUCGCGGUGGUGGCGGUUAUGUCGAAACCGCACAGGUGCCCUCACAUAGCCACGACGGGGAAUAUAUGCGUGUAUUGUCCAGGUGGACCUGAUUCUGACUUCGAGUAUAGUACUCAGUCUUAUACUGGUUAUGAGCCUACCAGCAUGCGAGCUAUUCGAGCCAGGUAUAAUCCAUAUGUUCAGGCAAGGAGCAGGAUUGAUCAGCUGAAGCGGUUGGGUCACAGUGUAGAUAAGGUUGAGUUCAUUUUGAUGGGAGGUACUUUUAUGUCGCUGCCUGCUGAGUACAGGGAUUUCUUCAUACGGAACCUUCAUGAUGCUUUGUCUGGACACACUUCUGCCAAUGUUGAAGAAGCAGUUGCUUACUCUGAACAUAGUGCAACCAAAUGCAUUGGCAUGACCAUUGAAACGAGGCCAGAUUACUGUCUUGGACCUCAUCUAAGACAGAUGCUGACUUAUGGUUGCACCCGACUAGAGAUCGGUGUCCAGAGCACAUAUGAAGAUGUUGCCCGUGACACAAAUAGAGGCCAUACUGUUGCUGCUGUAGCCGACUGCUUCUGCUUGGCCAAAGAUGCUGGUUUCAAGGUGGUUGCACAUAUGAUGCCUGAUCUUCCUAACGUUGGGGUUGAGAGAGACAUGGAAAGUUUCAAGGAGUUUUUCGAGAGUCCGUCAUUUAGAGCGGAUGGGUUAAAAAUAUAUCCUACCCUUGUGAUACGUGGAACUGGCCUUUAUGAGUUAUGGAAAACUGGGAGAUACCGAAACUAUCCACCUGAGCAACUUGUGGACAUAGUUGCAAGGAUUCUCUCCAUGGUACCUCCAUGGACACGUGUUUAUAGAGUUCAGCGUGAUAUUCCUAUGCCUCUGGUUACGUCCGGGGUUGAAAAAGGAAAUCUCCGUGAGCUGGCUCUGGCAAGAAUGGAUGAUUUGGGCCUUAAGUGCCGUGAUGUUCGUACUCGUGAAGCUGGAAUUCAGGACAUUCAUCACAAAAUUAAGCCAGAACAAGUUGAGCUUGUGCGUCGUGAUUACACUGCAAACGAAGGCUGGGAAACAUUCCUUUCAUAUGAAGAUACACGCCAGGACAUUCUUGUUGGGUUAUUACGUUUGCGUAAAUGUGGUAAGAACGUGACUUGUCCAGAACUCAUGGGAAAGUGUUCUGUUGUCCGUGAGCUUCACGUGUAUGGAACGGCUGUACCAGUUCAUGGUCGGGAGGCUGAUAAGUUGCAACAUCAGGGGUACGGAACUCUUCUGAUGGAAGAGGCAGAGAGGAUUGCUAGAAGAGAACAUCGAUCUAACAAAAUCGGUGUGAUUUCAGGUGUGGGAACCCGACAUUACUACAGAAAGUUGGGUUAUGAAUUGGAAGGUCCUUACAUGGUGAAGCAUCUUCUUUGAGAUUCUUCCUGUUGAACUACUAAAACCCCAAAACUCGUAAACGUUUUUGUUGAAUUAUCCCUGUUCCGUUUUGAGUGUAUUACUUUUGUUUUAUUAAAAAGGGUUCUUUACAGAGA